UUUAACCUGAGAGGAAAACACUGGACACAGCUCGGUUAACCGUGGAGAACGUAGUCGUCAUUUCUAAUAAACAAUUAUGUAGUAGCCGAGCUGAGCUGCGUUUCGCACUGUUUCAGAGAAACUACAACCGACAGGUGCUAACAGGAAGCUCCGGCCUCUGGACCCCCACUUACGCAUACAAAGGUUGAGCUAACUCGGCUAUCUAGUGUUAGCGUUGACGUGCUUCUUCCUCACGUCUGUCCCAGUGUCUGUUGCGUGUGUGUGUGUGUAGCGCUUCAUGUCAAGAUAUGAAGAGUCCAAACAGAUCACUAUGGAAACGUUAAAUAGGAAGACAGUCCUCAGAAGACUCGGCUGUCGAUAACUGCUAAAAGACACAAACAGGCAGUGCCUUCAAUGAUGGAGUUCCCACUGCAUUCCCAGCAGCUGCUGUCAGCUCUGCGUUCACAGCGUCAGCGAGGCUUCCUCUGUGACUGCACUGUCCAGGUGGGAUCAUCCUGUUUCCUGGCUCACCGAGCUGUCUUGGCCUCCUGCUCACCUUUCUUCCACAUGUUUUACUCCGAUUCCCCGGGAGGCAGCGGUGGAAGCGGCAUCAACAGCCCCGUCACACUCGACAGCGACAUUGUCACAGCUGCUGCAUUUGGCUUGCUAUUGGACUUUGUCUAUGAGGGUGUACUGCAGCUUGAGGAGUCUCCACCAGUGGAGGACAUUUUGGCAGCGGCGAGCUUUCUGCACAUGAACGAAGUUGUGAGAGUGUGCAAGAAACGACUGCAGAGACGAGGACCGCUAGCUGAGGCAGACAGCACUCGCUCAGAAGAGAGUGCUGGUGUGAGGAGGGCAGUGGAGACUAGAAGAGAGAGCAGGGGUGACAGUGGAGCUCAGCCUGUGUUGGCCAUGGCAGGAGAUCAUUUAAAUACAGGCGCCAUGGUAGUGCCAAUCUCAUCAUGUCCCAUAGUGGUGGAGAGGAGGCAGGUGGAGUCUGUGAAGUCUGAGCAGAGGACUGGUGAGCGACCAUCAGAGGCUCGGGUUCACACUUCUCUAAGCCCUGAUCUUGCUGACACCACCCAGCCGGGCAUGGAUGCCCCCCUGCCUCCAGCUGAGCUGGUGCAGUCUGUCCCUGCAUCUGGAAGUCACACCAGGUUGGGGGUUGGAGGUCAGGGGCAAGGCUCGGUCCUCUGCAGUCCUUGCAGCACCACAGAGACAUACAGCAGCAACCAGCAGCCCUCUUCCUCCUCCUCUUCCUUUCUCGUCCCAGUGAGUCUGGCUGGUGGUCGUUCAGUGCUCACACUCUCAGAAACCUGUGUCUCCCCCAGCUCACAUCAGGACACACCACUACUACGUUGUGACCUUGACUCUGUCAGAAAACCCUCAGACACUGACCGCAGAGGUGCGUCAGAUGGAGGACAGCAGACUGUUGUGUCACUCCAAGCAUCAGCACUCAUCUCGCACAUGCAAAACAGUCCGAUAUGCUCGCCAAUUCAGCGUGCACCUCCCCAACUCAGAAUCCAGAACACUUUGUCACUGCAGGGCCAAAGCUCCCACUUUCACACUCAUCCUCAGACACAAGCUCUGAGGGCACCUGAGGAAAAUGUGGGGAGAGUGAAAAUAGACAACAGUGAUGAAGAUAAUGUGAAAGUUAAAGUGGAGGCCAUCGUUAUAUCUGAUGAAGAGCUGGAGGAGGAGAAAGAUGAAAUGAGAGAGAGGGAACCAGUGAUGGAAGUGAACGAUGAGUUUGAAGAUGACAUCCAGGAAGAGGAGCUGAACAGUCCUCAGUUUCUUCAGUCUCACUCACAGGCCCUCUUGCACAUGACUUCUCAUUCAAAUGACUACUCCUUCCCUCUCUCUCCAUCCUCCUCCUCCUCAGGUGCUGGGCCUUCAUCCCAAGAAACCUCCUCCUUUGCCACCUCCCUCGUUCCUCUGUCCACACACCAGCAGCAUUCAGACCCUCCUGCCUACUUCCAGGACUCCAUGGGGAACUUUAUGGAAGAAAUCCCCACAUGUGGCGUCUGUGGGAAAACAUUCUCAUGCACCUAUACACUGAGGCGUCACGCCAUUGUGCACACACGUGAGCGCCCUUACGAGUGCCGCUACUGUUAUCGGAGCUACACCCAAUCGGGCGACCUGUACAGACACAUUCGCAAAGCUCAUGACCACACACUGCCGGCCAAACGCAGCAAGGCAGAUGUGGAUCCGUCCCUGCCUCCACAUCCACCAGAAAAUGGUGAAAAUGUCCAUCACAAUUUCCCAAAACCCAAAUUGGCUUCUUCAAAUGUCUCAUUUUUUCCAGCCAAUAGUUAAAACAUUUUGUAACACUCGAUAAUCAAAAUAAUUACCUCCAUCAAGGUUAUGUUUUUCCUAGCGUUUGUCUGUUUGUGAGCAAAAAGUUAACAACAGAUUUUAAUGAUAUUUUCUGAGGAUGUAGGUUAUGGCCCAAGGAAGUAAUAAUUAGAGUGCUUUCUCUAGUUUUUUUCAGCUGUAUUAUUGAGGUUCAUUAAGUAGCAAAAAACUACAUAAUGUCAAUAUUUCUAGAGAAGUGCUUCACAAUCAAAUUUUUUUUUUUUUUUUUGGAAGCAUAAGCAUAUUCUGGUUACAAUAAAGCAUUUAUUAAUCUUUCAUUUAUUUGCAGAUACCAGCCUCACAGGACAAGGCAUGUCGUAUUUUUGAAAAAAUUUCUCACAAACAGCCAGAAUUACUCUACAGUAUACAAGGUUGUUGCUUAACGAGUAGUUUUUGCCAUUUGUUUUAAUUUAAGUAGACAUUUGCACAAUUGCCACAAGCAGUGCUGUCUCACAACCACCAACAAAUCAUCAAUAAAUCCAUCCAUUGUCUCACGCUUUAUCCUCCACAUGAGGGUCGCAGGGCUGCUAGUGCCAAUCCCAGCUGAUAUAGGGUGAUUGACAGGGUACACCCUGGACACUUUGCCAGUCCAUCGCAGGGCCACAUGGAGACAAACGGCCAUUCUCGGCACGUAUCCAUCCUGCUCAGUUUAUUCAUGUCAGAUAAUAUCACAUUUGCAAACACCCUGCAGACACUUUGGCUGCUUAUUCAAAUGAGGACAUUUCAUAAUCACAAAAACACCAGCAGAGUGAAAGUAAACAUGAGCCUUAAUUCAUACAACUCACCUUUAUAACAUAUGACCAUGGUCUGGACAGAACCGUACAACUAAUCUGAUGCGUCCCCUGCUGUUGUAAAUCUUUGUAAAAUUUAAGAUGUGUUUUUGCAGCCUAAAUAUAUUUAAUCUUUUUAUUUUUAAAUAUGAUUGGGAAUAAAACUGUCAGGUGGGACGAUACCGGAGGUGUAUGGAAAUACUUGUGACUUACAGAAACUCUUAUAGUAAGAGUUUCUGUAUGUCACAAGUAUUUCAAGUAACUUUUUUGAGUGUAUCAGGUAAUUUAGUAAAAUGCUUUUUUCCAUUGUGAGUCUGUGCCAGAAAAUAUUGCCUGAUGUAGUAGCAUAAACAUGAGUAGUUUUAGUCACAGGAGGAAAAUGGCAGCAGUUGAGUCUUUGAUUAGGAAAUUCCUAAAUAAGGCAAAUUCAUCAGGAAUUUCAGUCAAUAAAUGGUCUGUAUUUAUUUAACACUUUUCUCACCACUCAACCCACUUUACUGUACAGUUUUGCCAGUCACCCAAUUACACCCAUUCACAUGCUGUCAGCACAGCACAACAACCAGGAGCAAUUUGUGGUUAAGUGCCUUGCCUAGAGACAAAUUGGCAUUGGGAUCGGACCCUCAAUUUUCCAGUUGGAAAAUGACCCACUCUGGUAGCAGUAAAGAUACACCCAGAAUGAAGAGUGCUGUUCCAUGCAUCUAUUUUUCACCAUGCCUUAUGAUGUCCAGCCAUGUGUUUUUUCUCCUCGACAUUUUGUAAUACACCACUUAAAAAGUAGUGGGAAUAUAAGUUUGUGUUCUCUCUGGUACAUCAGUGGAGGUGAGGGAAGAGUGAAUAACUUCUUGGUGCCACCUCAUGUUUGGAUUUGCUCAUUCUGUUUUAUUCUCUCUGUAAUAGAUAACUGCAUAUUCUCUUUAAACACACUUUGGCAUGUGUGGACAUUCUGCCAUUGUAAAUGUUCCUCAAUGACUGAAUUUGUUCCUCUGCAUCAUUUCAUGUGUGUGGGUGGCAGCUGAACUCAUGAUAUGUGAUCAGUAUUGGUGUUACUAUAGUAACUUGACAGUUUUGAAGUGGAAACUCAUUUGUGACAGUUGAGUGGUUGGUUGUUUAGGGUUUCAUGGUCGCAAGUAUUUUUAGUCUAAAUGUUACCUUGUGGAUUAAAAACUGUUCAGACUUUAAA